AUGGCUGCUUUUUACCUGGGCUUCGUAUUGGGAAACGCACAGCGUGAAGGUCCAUGGGGCUCUUUUGAGAGGGGAUUUGUCGAAGAACGGGUCGUGACACCCUCCCAUAUAUUCCAACUAACUCAGAGAGUUUUCUCCGGGGGCGUUGAUUUUAACCCAAUGGGUGAAGAAAUCCUUGGCCCAUCAGAUUAUGUUGGUGAGCCCUCACCAGAGAUUGAUGCAGCUUGGGAUGCAAUAAUCGGAGGCGAGAGCCACUAUUUCUCGGUCUCCGAGGAGGAGGCAGUCGAGCUCUGGGGUGCAGACUAUGAGAGGUUCAGGGAUAGAUCUCAUGGUGGAUGGACCGGAACACUGGAUAUGUUUCACUGUCUACACUGCCUAAAUCAGCUGCGAAAGGCAUUACGACGGGACUACUAUCCAGAAGAGCGAUAUCGCGGGAUGAUACAUCAAUUGCAUUGCAUCGACCACUUGCGACAAGUGAUACAGUGUCAAGGCACUAGUGUCAUUUCUCCCAGCGAGUUUCAUCCCCGCCGGGGCCAGUAUAUCAACCCAAAGCAACUUCAUACUUGCAGAGACUUUACAAAGCUCCAUGAGUUUUCCAAAGCACGAUACAACGGUAGCAUUGCAAUACCUCGGGGUCCAAAGAUCCCCAUACAUCAUGGUACCCAUAGUACCUAG